GGAGAUUACUUGAAGAAUUAAUUGAUUUAUCUGCAACGUAUGGCGCUACCACCAAACAUUUUAGCAGGCAUAAUUCACAUUGGAAUCUACUUAUUCAUCCUUUGAACAUGUGGAAUCUUACCUGGAAUUUUUGUUAUCUUUGCCUUGUACAAAUUGGCAGAUAUUCUUCUCUGGAAGUUCUUCAAUGUCAAGAUAAUGAGGGGCACAGAUGUGAUUAUGUAUCUCGAGGAACCAAAGAACACGACUAUUUGUACAUGAGCUCUUAUUCUUGAUAAGAAUGAGAAAUCAAAGAAAGAUCUAGACGGUCAAGAUCAUUACACCCAUCUUAGAGAAAAAUAUCUUAUCAAUCAUUUUGGAGCUCACAAUGAAGUGUUUAGAUCUGUCAUGAUUGAAAAAUUUGGAAUGAAAUUUUGGAAGGUACUUCCUGAUACUCCAAAAACUAAAAAAAUUACUGGAAACAGGAUCAAAAAGAUUGAUCAUGAUAUGAAGACCGAGGAGGAUCUUGUCAAAUACCUCUUAAAGUUUUCAGAAAUCCCAAUGCCAAGGGGAGAACUGCAAUGGGACCUUCAUGUUCAUGAGAAUUACAAAGAUGACAAAAUGGUCAUGUUCGCGAGAGCUCAUCAUGGAAUUUUAGACGGGAUGGGAACCAUGUGCUUUUUAUCAUCUAUUGAUGGGAACUCUAAUAUGCCAGCCAUUCCAGAAAUGAAGGAUAUCAGCUUCUCGCUAAAAGCCUUACUAUUUGUGAUAUCUCCAAUUCUCUUUGUGUAUUCUCUAUUUAUUGACAUUUCGGUUAAAAAUGAUCCAAGUCCAUAUACCCUUAAGAGUGGAUACUCAGGAAAGAAGGCUCUGGAGAUCUCCAAGACGUAUCAUUUUGACCAAUUGAGGAAAUGCUAUAAAAGCUAUAAUAAUGCAAAGUUCAAUGAUUUUUUCGUCGGCUGAAUCGGAAAAGGAAUGAAGCAAUACGCCAAAGAACUUGGAUACCCUGAUUUCCAGACUAUUGGGGUUGGAGUGCCAGUCAAUCUAAGGCCAUUGCCAAAGGAUCUGGAGGUUCCUCUUCCACUUCAAAAUUGAAUUGGUCUUGGAGAAUGUGAAUUUCCUUGCUCUGAUGAUCUCCAAGAUGGUAUGAAAAGGGGAAGAAAAGUUCUCCAAGAUAGAUUUAAAGUAUCUCUCAUGUGGUCUUCUCAGAACAUUCAAGCAUUACUAAAGUUUAUGCCAAAUGCUUUAAAUGAUAUGUUGAUAAAGAUCUUGUCUAAAAGCGGACAGAUGGUAGUUUCAAAUAUUUCGGGAUUGAAGCAACAGAUUACAAUUGGCAAAUAUUUGAUGUCAGACUCUUAUUUCAUUACACCAAAUGUUUUUAAGGCUGGUAUAUCAAUCCUAGGAGUGACUUACAACAGCAAGUUUAGAUACUGAGUCUAUCAAGAUGCAGGCUUGGAAGCUAAAGCCAGCAAAACCAUGGAGAACAUUGAAAAAGUUAUCGAGCAAGAAAUCGAAAAAGUUAAAUAAGCUCAUACGAAACAGAGCUAUUAACAAGAUUCUGGAGCAUCAAUC